AAAGUAUCAUUUUUUUUUUUGUUAAAUUUCACUUUCACUAUCAUUAAUGACCGGCGAUUGAUCUCUUCAACCGCCCACGCGUAGACUGUAGACGUAGAAGCUUCCCCACUUUUCAAACCACUCCCCCAAUUCAUUAUAAAUGCAAUCUCACCUCACUAGUUUUCCCUCCUCCUCCUCCUACUCCUCUUCGUCUCUCGCUCGUUCUCUUUGUGUGUGAUGGCUUCAGCUAAUGUCGUUGCUUUGCUUGCAAUCCUUCUCGUUCCACAAUUUACAGCAGCGGAUGUUUUGGGCGACUUUUUGUCUCCGCUUCUCUCUCCCGUCUUAGAUGAUGUGUGCAAAGAAGUGGAGUGCGGAAAGGGAACUUGCAAGCCUUCUCCUAAUAGCAGUUUCUUUUUCGUUUGUGAAUGUGAGACCGGAUGGUCUCAGUCUGCUUCCAACAACACCAGUCUUCUCAAGUUUCUUCCUUGUGUGAUCCCAAAUUGUACGAUGAAUUACUCUUGCUCAGAAGCCUCUGCACCCAUUCAACAGAAAGCCAUUAAUCCACUAAAUGAAUCAAUAUUCGAUCCCUGCUUCUGGAGCUAUUGUGGAGGGGGCUCAUGCAGCAAGAAGUCGAAUUUCACACACAGUUGCAAUUGUAAUGAUGGUUACUACAAUCUUCUGAACACAACUUCCUUUCCAUGCUUCAAAGAAUGUGCAUUUGGAGUGGAUUGUUCAACACUUGGGAUCACAGUGACAAAUAAAUCUGCUUCUUCAACGCCUAGUAUGGCUGAUGCUGGUGAAAAUAAAGCAAGUUCCGUUCUGGGAAGGGACUUCUUCUGGUUGAUCAUCCUCAUGAUACCCCUAGCUAUGAUUCUGUGAGAAAGGGACGAGUAGAUUGUCAUGCUUGAGGUUGCUGAUAGCGGAUUUUUUGGAUUUAAUCUUUAGCUUCAUGCCGUCAUUUUGCUCUCUAUGAGCCUUUGUUUCCUGGUUUAGCUAAUCUUUUAUGUUGAAAUAUAGUAGAAAAUUCAAAUUUUAUAAGUUAAGGGGACAGAUACAGAGCAUACAGGAGGGGUUGGAAGUAUUGUAAUAAUAAUUUAUCAAUAUGAUUGGUGAUUUUGUUUA